UAAAAACAGAAAUUCAAACUUAUUUGUUUUGUCUUUUGUAAUGUAAUUAAAUAUCAAAUUAGUUUACUUUUCCAAACCAGCAUCUUAAGCAGUAUGGCAGGGGACGACAACGACAACAUCCAGGAAUCUAAUUGUACUGGAGCUGGUGUCAGUGGCUGGGGUGACAAAUUGGACGACGAGGAUAAUGAGGAUUUGCUUCUCUUGAAUGAUGAAUUGAACCUCAAUACUUGCUCUUUACGUACCGAUGAAAAGUAUAAAGGUUUUAAUAAUAAUGUCGCAGAGAACUGGAUAUAUCCCUUGAAUAUGCCAGAACGUGCCUACCAAUAUAAUAUUGUGCAAAAGGCCCUAUUCCACAACACACUUGUUGUCCUACCUACCGGCCUGGGUAAAACUUUCAUCGCAGCCGUGGUAAUGUAUAAUAUGUACCGGUGGUAUCCUUCGGGGAAGGUCUUAUUCAUGGCUCCCACUAGGCCUUUGGUAGCGCAACAAAUAGACGCUUGCUGCAAGAUUAUGGGCAUCCCGAAAUCUGAUUGCGUCGAAAUUACUGGUAAGCUGAACAAAGCAAGUCGAGCCGAGUUAUGGCAAUCAAAGCGAUGCUUCUUUGCCACCCCACAAUCGGUGCAAUCUGACAUUCUAGAUGCGGAACUCAAUUUUCCGUUUCAAGCUAUUAAGCUCAUCGUUGUUGAUGAGGCACAUAAAGCCAGGGGACGCUAUGCCUACACAGAAGUCGUAAGAUACAUUUGGAGCAAAAAUAAGUUCUUUCGAGUACUAGCGCUAUCCGCUACUCCUGGCCGACGGAAGGAGGAUGUGGAAGAAGUUAUUCGCAAUCUUUUCAUUUCUAACUUGGAAGUGCGAACGGAGGAUUGUGUGGACGUUGUUUCGUAUGUACACAAGAGACAGCUGAAAGUUGUGGUUGUUGAUCUUGGCACAAAGCUCUCUCGAAUUCGUGAUGAGCUUCUUGAGAUAGCAGAUCCUCACAUUAGAAACUUGAUCGAAAACCGACUAAUUUCCGGCAGACCUGGCAGUAUUAGUCGCAACUGGCUUGUCAUGGAACAUAAAAGAUUCCGUGAAAUGACCCAAAACAACGGAGUGCCAUAUCAAAAAGAAUUGAAUUCAGAUUUCAACAUUUGCAUUAGUGUGUAUCACGCCAUAGAAUUGCUAGAACGUCACGGACUGAGGGUUUUUCUGAAUAACUUCGACGAAAGCCAAGACAAUGGUCCAAAGUUUGUGGUGAUUUUGCGCCCCGAUUUACGACGCCUUGUGCAAAGAGUGCGAGAUGAAGCUGGUCCCAAUCCAUUUGAAUUCAGUGACCAAUGCAUGGUUGAUGGGCAGAUAGCUCCGAUACCGCCGAACAUUGACUUUGGACAUCCUAAAUUCGAAAUAGCAAGAGAACAUGUGCUCGCACACUUUGAAAGUAACAAGGAGGGUCGAGUGAUAAUCUUUUGUGAGUAUCGAGAGUCAGUAAUGCUGAUGCAUCGUUUACUUCUUCAACACCGCCCAUUAAUACGGCCGAGAUUGUUUGUUGGUCAAGGUGGCAGUGGAUCAAUUCGCGCAGUUACCCAGAAGCAACAAAUAAGUGUUAUGAAUGACUUCAAAAGCGGCAAAAGCAAUGCUUUAAUAGCAACAUCGGUUGCAGAAGAAGGCAUUGACGUUGGUGAGGUAGAUUUGAUAGUUUGUUUCGAUAUAAAUACAUCAAAUCCAACCCGAUUCAUUCAAAGAAUUGGAAGAACAGGUCGCAAGAAGGAAGGAAAAGUCCUACUCCUAGCAACCGAAGGGAAAGAACAUUCAAUUCUGAAAGACGUCCUUUCGGAACGAAACAGACUUAACAAAAGUAUUUCCCGUGGUGGCCAAUUUAACUCCGCCUUUUAUAAUUAUGCUCCGCGAAUGGUUCCUACAGAAUUCAACCCCAAAUGUCUCAAAGUAUUUCUUCAGCCCCAACAAACAGAGGUGCAACCAAAGGCGAAGGAUAAGCUUGUUAAGAGCACUAAAGGCAAUAAGUUUUCACAGAUAAGCCAGAAGAAAGAUCUUAGACAUUUUUUCAAACAAAAGGCACCAUUAGACGAAGAAGAUAAAGCUGUUUUCGCAGAUACUCGAGACUCCAACAAAAUAACACCCAAAGCUUCAAAGAAUAAACAAUUCAGUGGAGCUAUUCCGUCAGCUACAAAGAAUGUUACACCACCGCCGCCGCUGGUCGAGCCUGAUGAUAUGAUUCCAAUAUCUUUCCCUUUACCUCCUAAAAAAACCACCAUCAAUAACAAAAUCAUCAAGAAAAUGGCUAAAUAUAUCAGAAAUUCGACAAAUGGACAACCAAUGGAAACCGUUAAAGCCCUGGGUUCAAAUAAACUUCAAACAGAAAGCUUAAAGUAUUUGAUUGAACAAAGUCCUCAUAUUUUGCCUGAUAUCUGGACCCGAAUGCAAGAAUUCUGGCUAAAAGGAAUUGAUAAGGAUAAUAUACCAUCGAAAGGAAUAACUAAUGAGGACCGCAAAAUCAUUCGGGCAUAUGUGCAAAUAGAAAAUAGUGUUGGUUCUAAAGAAGCUGUUGCUGAGCUAAUAGAAAGCAAACGGAAAUUGCCUAUACUUCCCUCUCAUUCCAAUUUAACUAAAAAGCACCAAUCUUUAUUUGACAAUAUGCAGCAUGGUGGAAUUUUCCAAAAUAAUUUAGAGUUCCUUGUGGAAAAAUUUGACAAACUUUCAUCACAAUUCCCAUCCGACGAAUUCUCAAACGAUAGCUACGUCAAAUCGAUGGUUUAUGAGGAUGAAAUUGACCAAAGUACAUCCAUCUUCGACGAGAGCAAUCGUAAUUACAGUAAUGAUUACGCACUGGAUUCUAAGUACAUGAGCCAAUGGGGUGACGCGACGAACCAGUCAAGAAACAGUUUAUGUGUUCUUCAAUCUCCAGCGCUAAAUACUUCAAAUGUAAGUGACAAAGUGAAACCAUCUGCAAUAUGCGAUGCAUCUAAAGACGAGAGUGAUGACGAUGUCGUGUUUGUUGGAACAACACACCAAUCAACGCCAAUACGAACUGGAUCCCAUAAACAGUUGUUACUUAAUUUUAGUGAAACCCCAAUAACUAGUUCGGCUAAAAAACGGGUUUCGCAUACGAAAAAAUCUCAAAAGAAUAUACUUCACUUCACGAAGUCAAAUAAAUUUCCAUCCUCUCCAUCUGUUUGUUCUAAAAACGUAUCUGCCCAAUGGACAAGCAAAAGUCCUGCGAAAAAAGAUAUGAACACAAUCAAAUUAUUCGACAAUGCCAUUUCUACUCGAUGUACGAGCAUAGGACCAGAGAAGGAAGAUAAAGACGCAAUAAAAGCCUGCGAUAAUGAUAUUUCUGUCCAAUGCAAAAGCAAAGGUUCAGAAGACAAAACAAUUAACUUUUUUGACGAUCAAUUUGACGACCUCAUUGCAGCAAAUUGUGGAGUUAUUGAACGUAUUGAAAAUAGUAACCUGGUAAAACCAUGUUCUGAAAUGCCAUCAAGGUCAUCAACAGUCAGUUCACUGAACAAUAAUGAUUCAACCCCAAACGAUAUAACAUCCUUACCUGACGUCACAAAAGGAAAACUAACGAACGAUUCCACUGCUGUUGUCUCCACAACAGCUGCUAACACCCGCGCUCAGUAUAAAUACUUAAAAGAUGACCAAACAGCUGUUGAAUCAGAAACACGAAGUUGUGAGUUCGUCCAUCCAGAAUUAGCGGACAUCGACAUUAAUGACCUAUCAGAAUUCUCUAUCGACGAAAUCGAAGAAAGUGUUAAAACCAAUUCUGCUGCAGCAACUCCUGCAAUCCCUCACACAAUUUCUCCUGACAUAUUUGACGAAUUGUGCGAACCAAUUUCAGAAAAUAAAGCUAAUGAAAACUCUCCUUUGAAGUUGAUAACUACGGCCCCGCCCACAGAAGUUUCACCAUGCUUAGUUUCAAAGAAAGCCCUCACCUGGGGAGAGAUACGAAAAAAGUACAUCAAACCAUCGCUAGCAGAAGCAAGUAAUAUAGUCAUGCCGAGCCAAAGAAAUGAAAAUGAUAAAGUAAUAAAAUUGGAAUCGAAAAAUAUCGGACGGAGAGAAGAUCAUCCAAACGAAAGCCUCAUAAAUAUGCCUACAAAAAUUCGUUCAAAAAGACGAAUUAUUACAAGUGAUACCGAUAGCAGCGACGACAAAGAAUUUUCUCCACUAAGGAAGAAACGGACACAGCUUGAAUCAAAUAAGGAACUUAUUCGUAGAGGAUUGUCGAAAAAUGCGCGCUUAGCUCAAAAGCGUGCAAAUGAGUUUAUAGACGAUGAAGCAGUAUUAAGUGGUUCGGCUACGGAAGAUGAGUUAGAGCUUACGUUAGGAGGGUAUAUCCAAGAUUCGGUUGUGGUUAAUGAUGAUGAAGCAGAGCAUGAAUCUUCAAUACCUAUGACUGGAAUUUAUCUACAAUCUGUCAGAAGUCCUUGUGGUAAUAUCAGAGGAGCUUUUAAAAUUCCUGAGCGCCGCACAUACAACGAUGCUUCGAAAAUAUUUUCUCAAAGACUGCCCCAGGACAAUGGUUCAUAUGUUGCCGAUUCAUUUGUUGUUAUAAGUGAUGACGAGUCAGAAGUUGAUAGAUCUAUGUGUCCGCUGGAACGGGCAGAAGAAAUUCUUAGAAUGAAGAGGCGCAAGAAACGAAAAGCAAUGCAAGAGGAAGUCCCACAGCCAGCGAAGAAGAAACGAGUUUUGAGAAUUCAUAACAGCUCUGAAGAUGAUGAUGAUUUUGUUUAGUUUUAUAUUUUUCGUUUGUUGUAAUAAACUCGUUAUUGUGUUAUUUAUUAAAUUAUUAUUCUAAUUUUUGGUACUUUU